GAGCCGAAACCCAGCCACAGCUACAUCGGACUCAUCGGCAUGGCUAUUCUUAACUCCAAGGAGAAAAAACUGGUCCUAAGUGAUAUUUAUCAAUGGAUACUGGAUAAUUAUCCAUACUUCCGAACGCGGGGACCCGGCUGGCGCAACAGCAUCCGACAUAAUUUAUCUCUGAACGAUUGCUUUAUCAAAGCUGGUCGCAGUGCUAACGGGAAGGGCCAUUACUGGGCUGUGCAUCCGGCCAACGUCGAAGACUUUGAACGGGGCGAUUUCCGCCGUCGUCGAGCGCAAAGAAAA